AUGAAUGAUGUAAUGAAACUGCUAAUGGCCUCCUCCAUAUUUGUUCUGUUUUACUCAAUGGUGUCCAAGUUUGUCCAGGAUAACUACAAUGUGCCAACCCCAAUUCUUACUCUUCUGUAUGGACUGCUACUAGGUAAGCAUGGCCUAAAGCUGUUGCUACCACACUAUAUCUUUUCAAAGCAUGUGGUGUCCAUUGCAUCAAGAAUCGUGCUUUGCCUCCAAACCAUGGUUGUAUCUCUUUCCCUCCCCAGGAGAUAUAUCUUCACUUACUCAAGAUCGAUAUUCUGCUUAGUAAUCCUUAUAGGCUUCCUUAAGUGUACACUAACAUUCGUCAUUUUGAAGAUGUUUUCUUUUUUGGACAACUCGGCCUGCUGGGCUACUGCUGCCUCGCUUACUCCAACUGAUCCUAUUCUUAGCUCAAGCAUAAUAAAAGGUAAAUUUGCCAAGAAGAACGUUUCAGAAAAGCUGAGACUUCUCCUUAGUGCAGAGUCAGGAAUUAACGAUGGAUUCGGCAUUUUAAUGCUGAGCAUUAGUAUUGACAUACUCAGAAAUCCUAAACUUUUCAACGGAUUGUUUAAUUUCUUCAUAUAUUCGUUGGGAAACAAGGUUGUCCUGUCUGGUGUGCUGGGGUAUAUUAUUGGGCAAGGAGUCCAGAAAAUAUCCAAGUAUAGCUGCAGUCUUGGGUCUAUCAGCUCUGAGAUGAUUGGGAUUCAGACGUUCUGUUUGUGUUUUUUCUGUAUGGCCCUUAUGGACUCUCUGGACGGUUCUGAGCUUAUUUGUAUAUUUUUUGUGGGAAUUGGACUUAAUGAAGAUGAAUGGUAUACUCUUGAAAGAUCCUCAAACAGAAUUGCAGAGAUUGUUGAGAGCACAUUUUGUAAGGUUUUAUUUAUCUUUAUUGGAUCCCUCAUUGAUUUUGACAGAUUUACACUCAGAAUGAUAUUUGUGUGCGCACUUAUAAUUAUUAUUAGAAGACCGCUAAUUUUGCUCUUAUCAUAUAGAACUGUUCCUCUCAUACAGAAUACGAAAGAGGCUCUUUUUAUUGGAUGGUUUGGUCCUGUCGGAGUGGGUGCUUUGUACUACUGCUUACUGUAUGACAAGAAGGUGGACACCCUUACAAUAGACUAUGGAAUAUGUACUGUAUUUCUGAGCAUUUUGAUUCAUGGACUGUCUGUUCCGGUUUACACGCUAUUUAAAAAGACACUGCAGGUAAGCAAUGCCAACACAAUUAAUUUAGAAGCAUGA